AUGCACUUCACCGACGAACAACUAGAGAACGAUCCAGAACUGCGUCCUAAAGUCUGGCGCUCAGAGAGUGCCUUCCAGCAGGAGCGGCUAAUUCUUCUCAACAACCUGGCCGACAUUCUGCACUCCCAGACCGACAGCCCACCCUCUAUACCCGACGAACUCUCUCUGGCUUCUCCCACCUCAACAAUCAUCGUUGUCGACCCUGGAAAGACUCCUCGUCCAACUUCAUCAAUCUUCUCUUCAAGCAUUGCUUCCAGCGUCACUUCGCCCACUCGUUCAGUCUCCUCAAUCUUCUCGCUUCCCUUUGGCUCUUCUUCACGCCUCUCAGUCGCCAGUCCUGGCCCUGCAUCUCACACUCCCAUCGUCUUCAGUUCUCCUCAAACCAGUACCUUCAGUUUCGAGACUGCCAACUCUAGUCCAGCAAAGGUCGACUCGGUCAUGGGAAGUCCGGUCAAGUUCCGCAGCCCCAGCAUCUUCAAGCGCAAGAACAAGAACGCCGCAAAAAAAGCUCCGGACGACAACGACAGUGUUGCUUCCAGUAUCACCAGUAUCAAGGAAGGAAGCAUCUUCGACUACUUCAAGGCUACCUCCAUCAAGAAGAAGGCCAGAAAGUCUAGGAGCAACAAAAGCGACGCCUCUAACGACGGCAAGAGUAUCGAACCAUGCGAAUCAGACGACGAGCACACUGUCAAGGAGUUUGACAGAAGCGAUAGCAGCAGCAGCAUGGACAGCAAGGGCAAAGAGUAUGUUGUCGAGCGUCUUGGUUUUGGCGGUGUCGGUGAGCCUCAGCCUGUUGAGCAUCAGUAUUGUUUUGUCAAGGCUCAGAUCGAGAAGGUUAAAGGGAUGUUUCUUGGCCGGGAAGGUGCAAAGACCAAGCUGUGA